CGGUGACACCCUGACUCUGCGUGUCACACAUCCAGUGUCAGAGAAUGCCGCACACCCCGACCCGGGAGCACCAUGCACAGAUUCAUGUCUGCACUGAGAAGAGAGAAGACGGAAUGGAUGGAGAGGUGAGAGCGGCCUGGAACAGUCGAGAGAUGGACAGAGAAGACAGGAGCUCCAUGGGUGCUCAGAAUGAGGAGCUGCAGGGUUUGGAUGGAGGAGACUUACCCGGGGCGGAGGGUGACAAAGGAGAACCGGCAGGGCUGGAAAACGAGAGAGAGCGCCUGCGAAGUGAGAUCUGCCGGGAACUAAGGAUUAAGGAGGGAGCAGAGAAGCUUCGCAAGGCCACCACAGAGCGUAAGAACCUGGGACACGUAGAGACCAUGCUGAGGACAUGUGAGCGAAGGCUUGACAGCUUGAGGCAAUCGCUGGAGGACCUUGAAGCCUGUCCAACAUCCCCAGGACCCAAUUCAGGUAACAGACUCACUUCCGAAUGCCCAUGUCCGUCCCAGAAUCCUCGGGUGGUAAAAUUAGAGCGACAGCUGGACAUCGAGAUGAGAGUCCGAAAGGGAGCAGAAAAUAUGAUCCAGAUGUACAGUAAUGGUUCCGUCAAGGAUAAAAAGCUGCUGUCAGCUGCGCAGCAGAUGUUGUCUGAAAGCGACGCAAAGAUCCACAUGUUGCGCACACAAAUCCGCAGAGCAUCCCAGGAGACCUCCGGGACAGGAGCAGGCAUGUCAGAGCUAUCAUACACGGAGGUGCACAUGGAGGAGCUGAGACACCACCAUCGGGUGGAGCGGGCGGUGUCUGAGGGGGCAGAGAACGCCCUGAGGAUGCUCGGAGGUGCCAAGGCUCAGGACAGGAGUGCGGUCAAUGAGGUACAGGCUCGCCUUGUGGAGUCUCGGCAGAGGUUGGAUCUACUGACGCUGGCUCUACAAAGAUGUCUAGAGGACCUUCCUCAUGACCACCCUAAGAGAUGCCUCCUGCGAGAGGAGAUGGCAAUGUGCGUUUCUCCAACCAGACAUGGUGCACCUUCCCCCACUGCUCCUCACAGCACUUUCUCCAAAUCUGCCCCCCUAACAGGUGUGUUAGAGUUUCGGCUCUUGGGCUGUACUGACCUAUUAGAUAACGUCCCUGGACGCACAAGGAACUCACCGCCAUGGUUACCCGGCAACAGCCCUCUGGAAGGAAAGAGCCUGAAAACACGUACCACGCGGAGCAUGUACUCACGCACGUCCAGUAUUAACCGCAGCGAGGACUUUUCAAAUGAAAUCAGCGUCGUGUUACGGCUGGACAAUGUCGUGGCGGGACAGACUUCAUGGAAGACAGAAGGACGGGACACGUGGGAUCAGGUCUUCAAACUACAGCUUGAGAGGGCACGAGAGCUGCAGGUCUCUGUGUACAGGAGGGAUUUCCGCUCCCUUUGCGCCAUUAAAUAUGUGAAGCUGGAGGAAUUUCUGGAUGACCAGAGGCAUGAAACCUUUCUGGAGCUGGAACCUCAGGGAACGCUACUGUGUGAGGUAGCAUUUUAUAAUCCAGUCAUUGAAAGAUUUUCUAAACUACGCCGGCAAAAGAAGAUUUUCUCCAAGGAACAAGGCAAGGCCUUCCUCCGUGCCCGACAGAUGAACAUUGACCCCUCAACAUGGCUCCGCCUCCUGCGCAGAGCCAUUCCUGCCAGCACUGGAGGGUACAGUCCUGCGGAGCGUGGCGCGGAGCUGAACCUGGAUUCUCUUACACUGGAACCCAAUCAGGAACCUAAAGACCCGGUUCCGGUGGUAAAGGAAAGUCCAGCCACAAGAAGAGACAGCCAGAGACGAGCACAGAGUGUCUCUCAUCUGUCAUUAGAAGACUUCAGGCUGAUGGCUGUGCUGGGAAGGGGACAUUUUGGAAAGGUCCUUCUCUCGGAAUAUAAGGCGACUGGGGAGUUAUUUGCCAUUAAAGCUUUGAAGAAAGGCGACAUCGUUGCCAGAGAUGAGGUGGAGAGCCUCCUGUGUGAGAAGCGUGUGUUUGUGUCGGUGAGUGAUGCCUCCCACCCGUUCCUGCUCAGCCUCCUCGGUUGUUUUCAGACGGCGGAGCAUGUCUGCUUCGUCAUGGACUACAUGGCUGGAGGGGACCUGAUGACCCACAUCCACGCAGAGGUCUUCAGCCAGCCACGUGCCACGUUCUAUGCUGCCUGUGUACUCCUGGGUCUUCAGUUCCUGCACAGCAAGGACAUUGUGUACAGGGAUUUAAAACUGGAUAAUCUGCUUCUGGACUCAGAAGGAUAUGUGAAAUUAGCAGAUUAUGGGCUCUGUAAAGAAGGAAUGGGCCCAGCUGUUCGUACCUCCACGUUCUGCGGCACCCCGGAGUUCCUGGCUCCUGAGGUCCUGACGGACGCCUCUUACACGCGGGCGGUGGACUGGUGGGGUUUUGGUGUUCUGGUCUAUGAGAUGAUGGUUGGAGAGUCUCCGUUCCCGGGAGAUGAGGAGGAGGAGGUGUUUGAUAGUAUCGUCAACGAUGAAGUCCGAUACCCACGAUUCCUCUCUGCGGAGGCCAUCGCCAUCAUGAGGAGGCUACUUCGGAGGAAUCCCGAUAGACGUUUGGGAUCUGGGGAGCGUGACGCCGAGGAUGUGAAGAAGCAGCCGUUCUUUAAGGUGAGCCGCCGUGGGGGGAGCCGCAAGAGCAAGCUCCGGACAAGCCAGGCCGCGGUGCACGCCACCACAAAAAGUGCCGCUGUGGACCAGCAAGGCACCGCUGGACAAGAGCAGGAAGACGCUGAGGAGCACAUGCAGGAGGAGGAUAUCGAGGCAUCGGAGACCGCAGUGGUGGAGGCCGACCCCCACCCGGGGGAAGACCCCUUCGCCUGCCUCAACGAGGUGAUCGAGGAACUCCUGCUGCAUAGAACUGUCGAGCAGGACACGGGUCAGUCCCCUGAGACAGCGGAUGGACCCGACCCCCUCUAG